UAUAUACAUUGAAUCGAAAAUGGCUGAAUCUGUACAAUAUUACCUCGAGCGCAUGAUCCCAGAGCUCGAAGCUCUUGAAAAAAAGAAUAUUUUUACUCCCGUUGAAAUCAAGUCGAUUAUUAAAAAGAGAACGAAUUUCGAGUAUGCAUUACAACGUCGUAUCAAACAAAAAAUUGAUUUCUUGCGAUGCAUAGAGUAUGAAAUUAAUUUGGAAGAUCUUCGUCAAAAGCGAAUUGUGCGUUUAGGUAUCAAGGAUGCGAUGAAGGGAGAAGAGUUGUUAUGGUCGGGUAUCAAAAGAAUCAACAAUUUAUUCAGAAGAGCCACCAUCAAAUUCGGCGGUGAUCUUUCACUUUGGUUACAGUACAUUGAAUAUACCAAAAAGAUCAAGGCUUACAACAUCCUGUCCACCGUCUUUGUCCAAGCAAUCCAAUUUCAUCCAAUGAACGCAUCGCUGUGGAUCAUGGCAGCUACAUGGGAAAACGAUCACAAUGCAAAUAUCGCAUCUGCCCGUAUUUUAUUACAACGCGCCAUCCGUUUAAUGCCAGAAAAUCAACAAUUAUGGCACGAGUAUUUCCGUCUUGAAUUGAUCUACAUUGAAAAGAUCAAGCUUAGAAGACGUGUUCUUGGUAUUACUGAUGAGGAUGAGGAGAUGCCUCAAGCGGGUGCUGCAGAGGAAGUGGAUACGGACAACACCAUCAAUUUACCUGCUGUGACAGGCGAAGAAGCUGAUGCAUGGAAGAAGGGAGAGGAGGAAAUGAAGAAGGAAGCUUUACCUCAUCACAAGAUUAAGAAGAUGGAAGAUAACAAUCCCAUUCUUCAAGGUCUUUUAGCAAGGAUCACUUACGAUAAUGCGAUCAAGGCGAUCCCUAACGACAUUGGAUUCAGACAACGCUUUGUCGAUAUCUAUCGAGAAUUCACAGACAUGGAAACGGAUAUUCAAUAUGUGUUUGAUACUAUCCGUCGUGAUAUGAAGGAUUUACCUGCUGCACGUGCUUUCCUUGCCGAACGCAACUUGUAUGUGUUGGAUACUAAGGCGGAUAAGAAGGAUAAAAAAGUACAGUAUAUUUCAUGCAACGACCCUGCUUUUAUUCCUGCAUUGAGAGCGUGUGUAGCUGAAUUCGAGACAGCCAUCCAAGAAUUAGAUGUGACGGAAAUGUGGGAAUUAUACGUGAAAUGCUUGUCCGAUUGGUAUUCCCUUGUCUCGGAAGAAAAUUUGAAAUUAUACCUCUCUAAAUUAUUACAAAAGACUUUCAAGGCAUGUGAAAAGAAGGGCAAGUUAUCCUCUUCUCUGUAUGAAUCAUGGGUUGCCUUUGCUGAGAAGACAAAGGUGAAACCUGCGCAGAUUGAUGCCAUUGCUCAACAAGGAUUGGCUAAAUAUCCUCAUUCGACCAAACUUUGGAUUCAUCGCGUUCAAUUAGGUCAAGAAAGCCCAAUGAAAUUGUACACACGUGCAUUAGAUGUCAACCCAGAAUCACUGGCAUUAUGGAAGUCGUACAAUGACUGGAUUUUAAACCAAGGUCAACACAAUGGAUUAAGCCAACAAGAUAUGGACCGCUUGUUUUUUGAAGCCUGUGAAAAGGCUACAACUUUGUUACCUUCUGUCACAUCUGCCUCUGCCGACCGUAACAGCAUCAAGGAAUUAUUACAAUCCAGCUAUGUGACAUGGGCAGCCCAAUCACAAGGCAUUGAUGCGGCCAGAAGUGUGUAUAAAAAGAUCAUUCGCAACUUUUACCCUACACAUCCUUUCUUCCUCACUUGUAUUGGCAUUGAAAACGAGUUUGGUGAUGCAAAGACGGGUCCUGCAUUUGUGGAGUAUUUGUAUGAAAGAGCUACGCGUUUACCUGAGGACAAAGAAGGCACCUAUAUCGCUUACCUUGCUUACCUUUACUCCCAAAAGAAGUUCCAAUUGGCCAACACGGUUUAUACAAGAGCAUCGAAAGAAGUGUCCGACAAAGAUGCAUUUGAUAUUCGUGUGCAAAAGUUAAAAGCUUCUUAUACAACCAUUUUAUAGAUUUCUCCCUCUCACUACAUCAUAAAAAAAUAAAUAAAUAAAAAAUAUUGCAUUUCAA